UUGAAAUUUUUGAAAACGGACAUAUAUUUUUGAAAUUUUAAUUUUUUUUAAAUAUAAAAAAGAAAAAAGUUCUCGCCGUCGGCCAUCCCCGAUCCCUUCCACAAAGCCGGCGGCGGCGCGUUCGCCGAAGCUGGGUUGGCCGGCGUUAACUGAGUCAGGCUGCUUGUUCGCUGGUGAGCCCGAGCUUAAUCGGCCACCAUGGAUGUCCAAAAGCAAGAAACAAUGGAGGAGACCAUCCUUGUUGGCGAUGAUCUCAUGCGAGGGCUACCAUCACCUGUCAUACCGAAAGAGAUUGCAUCACAUGUCCUUGAAGGCGUUGAGCUUUGUGAUGGUAUACUAAGGAAUCUUUUCUUAUGCCUACAAAUAAAUGAUAUUGAGCCAUUCUGCCAAGAUGAAAUUGUGCUAUACCGACAAUGCGCUGAGAAAAGGGACAAGGAAAUAAGAGAACAGAUGCAAGCUAGUGAAUAUAAACUGGGUUUUUCAAUGCCUCUGGAAGAAGCAAUGGAGAGAGCUACCCAACUCCAAUCAGAAGUCACGCUGCUAGAAAGGCGCAUGAUUCUUGCAAGUGGACUUGAGGGUAUGGAAGGAUUUCGGCAGAGAUGGAGCUUGCACGGACAGCUUGAAGAUACAAGGAAAAGACUUGAGGCACUGAACCAUGGCAUUGGAAAAAGAGUGAAUCAACGUUCUAUGGGGGAAGGGACAAAAUCAGCUCCAGCUGGGAGGAAGUGGUUCUUUUGGUAGCCAUUGUAUUUGCUAGUGAGAGGCUCUACCUCUACUUCGAUGCUGCUGUCUCUUGUGGAAACGAGGGAAACGAGAGCUGAUCGAGGACUUCAAUUUCAACUACCUGCUGUAUCAAGGAAGGCUGGAAGGGGAUCGAUAUUGUCUUGAGCUCUCUAAAUAGAGCAUGCACGGAAAUGACCAACUGCACGUACAAGCUGAAACUGACGUGUGGACAUUUUAUAUCGCACCCCGCGCGAUCGGAUCGGAUCAGAGCAGCUCCAGCAUUUUGUUUCCUAAUCCAGUUCAAUUGCACGUGAUAUAUCAUUUGCAGCACUAACAAUUUUACAGUACCGGCGGCUGCUGCAGCGAGCUCCAGGAGCAAAUGCAGCGGUUUUUGUGGCUUGCAGCCGAGCUGCGCUGCUGGCUGUGCAGCUUCAGCUGCAGCCAGUGAAAAAAAUUACAAGCGAACAAUGCUCAUGUGUAGAUGCUCAAAAGCACAAGUAAACCUAGCUAUUCAUACUAAUAGGGAUUGUAAUUCAACCCAUGGGUGCAGUGCAUAUGCCACACCUGACGAUUGUGGUGUAAAAUUCAACUAGCUGGUGAAGGCACAGCUGGUAAAUUUCACCCGUGGAGCGACGCGCGAUAUGUCGGGUUUUGCUUCACCUAUAAAAAGAAUCCGUCCACCACUUUCGCCAUCAAAAUACCUGUGGUACAUGGUCAUGUAUCUGAAGCCCAUGUGUAAUGUGUUGUCCUCUCGACUUUCCUUUUU